AUGUUAUCGGUAUAUGCUGACCAGCACCGGGAGGCGCCGUUCCCGAAAAAGGCAUACAAAGCUGAGCUUCAAAAAACUACGGAAAACGCAGGACUAGGCCUACAGGUGUCCGAAUUCCUGAGCGAGGCUGAGAUCAUCCACUCGCUCUAUUACCGGUACCGAAAUGCCCACCAUUGCGCCGAAUGGUUCAGGCCUUUCUCGAUGUUACAUCGACGGGUAUCCCAGGUUGCAAACUGGAUUGUUGACUUGCACAAAGCCACCAAGAAGCGUGCUCCUCGACUGAUCACUGCUAUCAAGAUAUCGAUCCAGAAGAUCCAGACCAGGUACCUCCAGCCUGCCUUUUGGAGCUUCUACAGCGUCCUGGCUCUAGGACAAUACGUCACAGUUGGAUUUGCAUUGCUAGGAACCGUGGCAAGGAUUGCCAGCCUUUUAGCACAAGUUCACCCGAUACCCAGGACAGUAGGAAAGGUACUCGAUGCAGCUGUUAAAAAGGGAGCUGAGGUCAUGUCCGAUGAUAUCGGUGAGGUUCUAGUUAGGGUCACAUCUGAGAAGCCUGCAAAAUCUGACAAGAUCAAGAAGAUGACCAAAAGCACAGUUACUAAGACUACCACGGGAGGAAAGAAGCUGCUUAAGAACAUGGACAUCGACGAUAUCUUCUCGACCAAGAAGAAGACCAAGAAAAACAUAGAGAAGCCUAGGGUUGUUGAAGAGAAUGUUGAAGAAAGUAUUAUCACAAAUGAUGAUAUUGAGGAUAAUUCUAUGCUGACUGAGCCAGCGCCGAAGGCCAAGAAGGUCAAGGUGGCCAAGGUGGAAAACUUCUUUGAGGAAUCCAAGGACAAGAAGAAGAAGAAUCCUGCUUCUCUAGACGAUAGUCUGGAGCCUCCGAAGAAGAAGAAGAAGAUACUGGAUUCAACAGACGGCAUGAAGAAAAAGAAGAAAAAGUCUAAGAAGAAUGCCAUCGACGAUAUCUUUGGCUAA